GCGGGAAGAAGUGUAGGGGCAAACCGCCCCUUGGAGAGCUGGCGAUGCUGGGGGGGAGCUGCGGGGACUCCCAGGAAAGCCACGAGGUGACCUAGGACUCGGGACCCAGGAGCAUGACGCUUGAGGGGCGGGAGGCAGCUGGCCCGCCACGAGCGACCCUGCUGCCCACAGCCAAUGGCAGUGGGCCAAGCCAGGAGUUGGAAGGCCAUUGGCCAGAAAUCCCAGAGCGGUCCCCGUGUGUGGCUGGUGUCAUCCCUGUCAUCUACUACAGCAUCCUGCUGGGCCUGGGGCUGCCUGUCAACCUCCUGACCACAGUGGCCUUGACCCGGCUGGCCACCAGGACCAGGAAGCCCUCCUACUAUUACCUUCUGGCUCUCACGGCCUCGGAUAUCGUCACCCAGGUGGUCAUCGUGUUCGUGGGUUUCCUCCUCCAGGGGGCCGUGCUGGCCCGGCAGGUGCCCCAGGCUGUGGUGCGCUCGGCUAACAUCCUGGAGUUUGCCGCCAACCAUGCCUCAGUCUGGAUUGCUGUCCUGCUCACGGUGGACCGCUACAGCGCCCUGUGCCACCCGCUGCGUCACCGGGCCGCCUCGUCCCCAGGCCGGACCCGCCGGGCCAUCGCCACCGUCCUCGGUGCCGCCCUGCUGACGGGCAUCCCCUUCUACUGGUGGCUGGACGUGUGGAGGGACGCGGACCCCCCCAGCAUGCUGGACGAAGUCCUCAAGUGGGCUCACUGCCUCACGGUCUAUUUUAUCCCCUGUGGCGUCUUCCUGGUCACCAACUCGGCCAUCGUCUGCCGGCUGCGGAGGAAGAGCCAGAGUGGUCUGCGGCCCCGGGUGGGCAAGAGUAUAGCCAUCCUCCUGGGGGUCACCACCCUCUUCGCCCUCCUUUGGGCGCCCCGGAUCUUUGUCAUGCUCUACCACCUGUACGUGGCCCCUGUCCACCGCGACUGGAGGGUCCACCUGGCCUUGGACGUGGCCAACAUGGCCGCCAUGCUCAACACGGCAGUCAACUUUGGCCUCUACUGCUUUGUCAGCAAGACUUUCCGGGCCACCAUCCGAGAGGUCGUCCACGAUGCCCACCUGCCCUGCACGCUGGGGUCACGGCCAGAGGGCCCGGUGGUGGACCCUGCACUAAAGCCUCCAGGACUUCCCAAAGGGGCAGAACGGUAGAGGCAGGGCCCAGCCAGGGUGCUUGGGGGCGGCUCGGGGCCAAAUUUACAGCUGCCUUUGUGGUAUGCCCACAAAACUUUAUCAACACCCUACUUCACCAUCUGAGGGUGGGGCGGGGAAGGCUCCUUCCUGUGGGGGCGGCUCCCCAGGUGCGGGGUCGUCUAAUUUAUCCAACUCUCACAUUAGCUCCACCAGCAGUUCCCACCUCCUGGCCCAAGGAGAGGGCCCUGCCAGGCACAGGCUAAUAAAGUCAGCUGCUCCGGGCAUUCCUCUGUGGGGGACAUUUCACCUGGCACAUUAUGAAGGCUGGCUUAACGUGGGUUGGAUGAAUGAACGAAAGGCAAGAUGGAUGGGUGGAUGGAUGAAUGGCUGGAUGGAUGGGUGGAUGGAUGGACCGAGGGAUAGUAAUGAACUCCAGCCACCACCCUGCCCCCACUCCCCCAGAGCCUACCUCUCACUCCCUGAGUCAUCACUUCUCUGGCUUCCAGUGGCAAGUCCAGGAUGAAAGGAAGCCAUUGGUAGGAUCCCAGCUAUAUUCAAGGCUGGGGGAAGCCACGAGUAAGGGGAGGGGGGCUUCUUGGGAAAAGGGGUGAUCUUAAAGCAGAUUAGGUGUCCCAGCCCUGGGGAGACACCACCCCUUGAGUCUCAAGCAUCCUGCUUCCAUUCCAGUUAACUCCCUGCCCUGAGGCCAGAACAGGUUCAGGGACCCAGAAUAGCCCUAGGGUUUUCAUUGUUGCUGCUGAGGAGACAGCUAGUGCCUCUCAGCCCCAGAGUGGGGGGAUGGGAAAGGAGGACUCAGCCCACUCCACUUGGGGGAGGGCCUC